AUGAAGCAACUCAUGGCUUGGCUGUUUUGCAGCCUGGCCUGUCUCAUGGUUUCUACCUACAAGUUCAGCACGGAACCUACGAGUCUCACGAAUAUCACGGAUGACCAGGAAUGGGUGGAUGAUAUACCAGAUGACAACCUCGAGCGCCAGUAUGGACCUCAUGCAGAUCUGUCCCUGGCUUUGACGAUGACCAUGAUGAAUCUGUCCACGUUUUCCGGGCAGAUCAAUUCCAGGGACAGGCCGCAGUCCCCGAACAGUACCCACCGCUUUGGCGUGGAUCCACACGCUGAUAAGUUGAUGCUUUAUGACAAGGUGAAGGGCUUCUACAGCGUGCUGCACGAGGUCAUCGGUGAGAACGCUUCGCUGUACUGCCCGUGGAAUGCGGAGCGGUACAUUGCGGAGUGCAUUGACAUUGCUGUAUGCCUCGUCCAGCGUGAUGUGCCCGCAUUCAUGUCGCAAGAAGCAUAUGCCUCGAUUCUGGAGCAGGUGACACGUUUCCCGAUCAUCUGGGAAGCGAUCAAGUAUGGUCUGGCAUCAGAGGAUUCGACAGAGAUCUCUGGCCCAGACUUCGAUUUGCCAGCAGAUUUCGUCUGUGACGAGAACGACCAUUCUCAUGACCAUCCUGCUCUUCUCCAAGGCAGUGUGUCGCAGACGUUCGCUUUGUCCACGGCCAUGCACAAUGCAGCACGCUCCACACACCAAAUCCUGGCCGAGCAUGGUGCAAACUCUUCACUGGAUCGCACAAUCCAGCGUUUUGAGAAAGCCUGGCACCCUGUUUGCCAUUUGCUUGGUUGCGACCAUUCCAACUUCCUGGACAUCUACUUGGCAUCGCAUAGCCACACCAUGGCGUUGAUGUCAGAGGCUUCCGUGUCGCACCUGCAUUCUCAUAUCCGAGGCCGGCAGAAACUGCACCUCGCUAUGGCCCGGUUCACACAGGAGCAUGGGGCAUCCUUCGCAGACAGGGUGUACAGGAGCGGUACGCAGGCCAAAUCAGAGGAAGCCUUCCGCCGGUACGGCCAUGUCACUCGCGAAGCCGUGCGGGACCAUCUCCUCCCAAUGACCGUUGCGAUGAACAACAAGACGAAGGCUCUCCGACUUGUGGACCAGGUCGAGUUCGCCAAGUUCUAUGCGGCCUGGAAAGAGAGUCACGGCAACGAGACCGGCAAAGAAGUGGAUCCAGGGCUCUCACUGCUGGAGGAGUCAGAGCAGGAAGAAGAUGAAGAUGACGAGCACGGCGGCCACGAUGGAGAGGUGGAGGACUGGGAGGCCGAGGACGCAGAUUCCGAGGACUCCGAGGAUGAGGAGGCUGAGGGGGCCCUGGUGGCGAAGGAAGCUCGAGAACCCGGCGAGGAGCAUGAUCCUCAGCUGGCAUUGCUCGAAACCGACGAGGCCACCAAAGGUGAGAGGAGCGGUUGGGGUCGGAGGAGGCAUCGAAGGCGACGCCGACGCAGCCGAAGGAGAAGGCGACGCCGCCGCAGUUGGUGGAACUCAGUGGUCAAAGCAGUGGUCAGUGUGGUCGAGGCCGUGGUGAAGGCGGUGGCAGACUUCAUCGCAUCGGUCUUCGAGUGCUUCGGCGCCACAAGCCGCUACUCAUCUAUCGGGUACGGAAAAUCCUUCGGGACCAACGCGGGCGGUGGCUUUGGCUUGUCUGCUGGCAGCGGGGAGGACCUCAAGGCCCUUAUCAAGGACGAGCGGAAACCAUCUGCCAGCCUGUGCAUCGGCUUCGGGGUCACCGUCGGACCCGGCUCAGGAGGUGCACGAGCUGGGGUUGGUGUCGGUGGCAGCUUCUGCUGUGGGACGGGUGGCUGCAGCAUCGGUAUCUCUGUGGGGGCUGUGGCGCAAGUCUCCGUCGACGGAAUGGGUGCAGAGUGCCCCUUCGGCAAGCAUAUGGGGCCCCUCAAGUGCUCACGCACGGAAGGCGUGUCACUCAUGCUCACUUGUUGUCGCUACAAUUUUCAGACUGGCGAGACAACGUGCCGCUAG